UGUCCACACGCAGCGGGUCCUGAAAGCGGCUCCGGGGCGGCGCGGUGGCGCACUGUGCGCGCCGAGCAGGCGGAGGGCUAGCGCUGGAGGCGGCGGCGGCGGAAGCGCGGGCAGUCAAAGCCGACAGACGUUGCAUCUCAGAACCGGCAGUCCCCGGCGGCCUUGGUGGAGACCUUACUCUCUCUUCUCUGUCCCUCGCUCUAUGCCUGGAGCAGGCGCGGCGGCCGUCCCGGAAGAGGCAACUGAAAGACAGUCGAAUCAGACCCCUGGGAGAAGGCAAAUGAAGCUCGAAUAGUUGGUGGGUGCGAGACAGAUACUCAGGCGAGAAGACCGUCGCUGUUGUCCCCAUUCCUGGUCUCAGCCAUGGGGGAGCAGCAGGGGACGCGGGAACUUUGAAGGCAGUGGGUCCCAGGGUCUGAGGGCUGUAGGCUCCGGGAGGCUCCGGAGUCGCGGCCCUAACGUCAGUGGCGUAAAAGCGUCUUGGAACCCGCCGGGACCCCAGCGCCGCCAGAGAGGAAGUUCUUUGCAACUUCGUCGGAGACGUCGGAGAGUCGGGUGGGGAGAGAUUGAAGCCGCAAGUCAGAGCCCCACAAACUCAAAGAAGCAGAAAGAGAAAGGAUCCGGUGGGAACUGGGGGAUCGAGGAAAGACUCCAGAGGCAUCGAGGCCUCGGAACCAGCCUGGCAGCCCGUGGGCCUCGCUGUCCCCCGAGUGAAGCCAAGGGCUGUGUGUCCCGCAGGCCUCCUUGAAGCCGCUCGAACAGGAGGCCGGGGGUGGGGGCUGCAGGCCGUCCCGGAGGCGGGCCCCUAAAAUAUGCCCCCGAAGCUGCGGGCGCCUUGGCCGCAGCUACUCCCGGCAGAGUGCGGAGCCGCCGCCUGAGCCAACCUGGGAGGGAACCCACCAGGAGUUGGGCGCACCGCUCCCAGCCGGACUACACUAGCUCCGUUUCCCGCCUCUAGGCGCAGCUCUCGGCAAUCUGCGGCAGGGCGGCUUUGAGAGAGGCCCCGAAGCUCCAGCAGUGUUUUCUGAGCCCAGCUCGCACAGUCCCCGGCCUGGCGGCGAGGCUCUUUAGCCGCGCUGGGCAGCCCCUUGGCGCCGGGAGGCGGCAGCCUGGGCCGGCCUGCAGUCUGGAGCGCCCCGAUGGAAAUACACUGACAUGGAGGAGUGAAUCAGCUUGGGGGGGUUUUUGUGAACGGCCGGCCACUCCCGGAUGUAGUCCGCCAAAGGAUAGUGGAACUUGCUCAUCAAGGUGUCAGGCCCUGCGACAUCUCCAGGCAGCUUCGAGUCAGCCAUGGUUGUGUCAGCAAAAUUCUUGGCAGGUAUUAUGAGACGGGGAGCAUCAAGCCUGGGGUAAUUGGAGGAUCCAAACCAAAGGUCGCCACACCCAAAGUGGUGGAAAAAAUUGCUGAGUAUAAACGCCAAAAUCCCACCAUGUUUGCCUGGGAGAUCAGGGAUCGACUGCUUGCGGAACGGGUGUGUGACAAUGACACAGUGCCCAGCGUCAGUUCCAUCAACAGGAUCAUCCGGACAAAAGUACAGCAGCCACCCAACCAGCCGGUCCCCGCUUCCAGUCACAGCAUAGUGUCCACGGGCUCCGUGACGCAGGUGUCCUCGGUGAGCACGGACUCGGCCGGCUCCUCCUACUCCAUCAGCGGCAUCCUGGGCAUCACCUCCCCCAGCGCCGACACCAACAAGCGCAAGAGAGACGAAGGUAUUCAGGAGUCUCCUGUGCCGAAUGGUCACUCACUGCCGGGCAGAGAUUUCCUCCGGAAGCAGAUGCGGGGAGACCUGUUCACACAGCAGCAGCUGGAGGUGCUGGACCGCGUGUUUGAGAGGCAGCACUACUCAGACAUCUUCACCACCGCGGAGCCCAUCAAGCCCGAGCAGACUGCUGAUUAUUCCACCAUGGCCUCGCUGGCUGGAGGGCUAGAUGACAUGAAGGCCAACCUGACCAGCCCCACCCCUGCCGACAUUGGGAGCAGCGUGCCUGGGCCGCAGUCCUACCCCAUUGUGACAGGCCGCGACUUGGCAAGCACGACCCUCCCCGGGUACCCUCCGCACGUCCCCCCCGCUGGACAGGGCAGCUACUCAGCGCCGACGCUGACAGGGAUGGUGCCUGGGAGUGAGUUUUCUGGGAGCCCCUACAGCCACCCUCAGUAUCCCUCGUACAACGAUUCCUGGAGGUUCCCCAACCCGGGGCUGCUCGGCUCCCCGUACUAUUACAGCGCCGCUGCCCGAGGAGCCGCCCCCCCUGCAGCCGCCACUGCCUACGACCGUCACUGACCCCUGGAGCCAGGCAGGCGCCAAGCACUUAUGACACAUAUCACUGAAGGCCAUAGCCUCCCAGUCCCCUCCGAUGACAGCCAGAGGGGCCCCAUGAGACAUCCCCCCUCCCCCCGCAGCAGCCCCCUACUCACCUGAAACUCCCUCCUCCUUUUUCCGCCAGGGACUCCAGGGCUCUAUGGUAGUAGGGCUCUUGGACUUCUAGAUACCUGUCCAUUUCUAAGAGUCAAUCGAUGAGCUUCGCCCCAUGGCACCUGGGUCUCUGCAAACCAACAGAUUGUUCUGCAGGCAACUGCAGCCCCAGCCCCGGCUGCCAGUCCCCCAGCUGUCUGACCAUUUGCCCGUCUUCCUGCCCCAGGCCUGGGAAGGAGAGUUUGCUUUUGUUGCUUCGGUAGCACCCCUGUAAAUACCUUCCUGCUUUUUUGUGGACCCAAGGGUCCAACUGAGCCGACUGCCCCCCGCCCCCAUGAUGCAUCCAGCACUCCCAGUGCAUCAUAGGACAUCACAGACCUGUUCACAGAGCACCCCCUCUGCCCUGGGUACCUCUGAAGGUGGAUGUGGAGCUCUCCUUGAGACCAAGGAUGCCCACCCGGGGGCCCCAGCUUCCUGCUCAUUGCUACUUCUUUAAUAUCCGGACUAAGAGUCUCACUGGGCUGAUUUUGCUCUAAGCACCCCCCCCAAGACCCCUCCCCAAGAGAAACACACCUUGGGGAGACGCCCUGGCUUCCUGCCUCAUUUCCCUGGGCCCAAUGCAGUGCGAGCAGCUCUUUUCCAUAUCGAAGGACUCAAAGAGAACUGUCUGGGCGAUUCCUCAGCUACUGUUCUAAAGUAAGAUGUCUUCCCAAGUGCUGAUUGCAUGAUGGACUUGGAACAAGAGGGCUGGUCAGGACCCAGGAGAUGGUGGUCCAAGGCGGGGCCUGAGGCUCUCCUGACCCCCCCAGCCCCUGGAACCACUGAACUGAACUGGCAUGCGUUUUCGGAGGCAUGCUUAGGCUCAAAAUCACACUGGACACCCACCAUGGACAUUUCUCCUACCCUCCAGGAUGCCAGGGAGAGGAUUCUGGGCCAGCCUGUCCCUGCCACGUAGACAGUGAUUAACAAAAAGGACUGUGCCUGGACCAAGGACCGCACAUAUCUAGAGCAGCCAGCCAGAGCAUCCUGACCAGCCCCUCCUCGCCCUUGUGGCGCCUAGUACGCAGCUGGGAACCGAGGUGCCCGGGUGGGGCGGACGCCCGCUUUGCAUAGUGGGUACCUCCCUGUUGAUCAAGGGGCUGGGAUGGUCAGGGCUGCGGCCAAGGACCUCAGCAGCCUGGAGGGGUUGCUGGGAGAACUCCCUGUAAGGCUGAGGGGUCAGAAACAGCCACCUGCGAGGAUUUGGGAGACAGAGGAAAGCUUCCUGGGAGAGGAGCAGGACAGGCAGUGAGGAACCGGUAUGUGACCUGGGAAUGGUUCAGAAACGGGGGAGCCUGGGGCCACCAUCUCUUUGCCGGGGGCCUCAAUUCCUUGCACGGUGUCUCUUGGCGACUCACAACAGCCAGGUAGAGGACCCUGCCAAAUCUGGGCUGAUGUACAGCCAUGACAGUAGGCUUUGCCAUGGCCUGUGACAGUGUGCCCCGUGUCUGCAUGUCACCAUGUUGGCAAAGAGCUGAGACAGAGAGAGCUCACACUUGAGGUUCUCGGGCCUGAGAGGUCUUGUCCUGGCUGCCCCUCUGCCUUGCUGUGGGAUCUAAGGCAAGACCCUUCACCUCUCUGAGCCUCAGCUGCCUUAGUACAGCAGGGUCCCCUGCAGGGCCCCCUAGUAGCUCUCCCCUUCCCUUACUUUCUCCCCAGAUGCUGGGGCUAUGACAGGGGCACCUGGGGCAGGUCUUCCACUGCUGAGCAGGCCUGGGGGUGGGCACCCGAGUCCUGCUAAUAUUUGGACCAAGAGAAAAACAAGAACACCUUAUGGGGUGAGAGACAGUCUUGAGGAAGACCUAGAUCAGCUCCCCUCAGGGGAAACUGAGGCCCAGCUUGGGGGAGCCCAGGUCCAAGCAAGGAGGCAGAGGGGCCCUCCUCUGGCCGCCACUAAGUGCUGCCCCCCUCUACACCUUACAAGGUGCUGGGAUGGAAGAGGAAGCUGAGGCUCAGCAAGGUGGAGUCCCCAGGCAGUGGCCUGCAGAGAGGAGAGGCUGGGACUCAAGCCCCUGACCACAAAGCGAUCCUCCCACCCCCGGGGUGGGAAGCUGAUGGCGAGGGUGGCAGACAAGGUGUCCCGGGGCUGUCAGAACGGCCAAGGAAGCCCAGUCACACAGGGCAGCGGUGGAGCCGGUGAGCUCAGGGCAGGCACGGCCGCCCACUGGAAUCUGCUGUGCAAGGAAGGGAGGUGACCGGGGCCAGAGCCCGCCUGCAGGAGCCCAGGUGAACCGACUCCUGCCUCCACCUGCCCAGCGAGUUAGGAGAAGGUAUGUUACGUGGCUUCUCCCUCCUUCCCUCCCUUCCAGAGAAAGUGGUGGCGGCUGGGGUCAGCAGCAGGGGCCUCUUGGCCUCUGUCACCCUCUGGAUCCUGGUCGCUCCUAUGGUCUCAGGCUGCAGGGAGGAGGUCAGAGCCCCCCAGCUGGCUGUCUAAGGCACAUCCAAUCCUUGCUCAGCAAAGCCCACCGGCCCCAGGCACACCCCUCUCCCCAUCCUGUUCCUCCUCUUGACCUGUCAUGAGCUCCCUCUAUGCCUUUCCUCUCUCCUCUGAGGCUCUGCGGGUCCUCAGGCUGCAUCUGUAAUGAUUAGACAAGCACUCGACCCCUGGGCCGCCAGGCAGAUGCACAAGUGCACACGGAUGACAUGCAUGUUCCCACACACGUACCUGCUCUCGCCAACUGAGUUCCCACGCUGACCAACUGAGCUGCCUGGGAGCUUGGAGAGGAAGGUUCCAAAGGGCACAAGCCGUUGAGUAGAUGCCAGAGAAUUCUGAAUGGAAAACCUAGGCCAGGACUUUCACCAGCAUCGCAGCGGGAGGCCUGGGGUGUUCCUCUGUGGGUCUUCAGCCCCGUGUUCCAGCUCUGACUUUUGAAAAGGACAUUGUCGAUUUUGCAGAAAUUUUUCAUACCAUUAGCCUCUCUGCAACCUAGAACAAUUUGAUGACAUAUCAAACCCACCAUCCCUUUCCCAAGGCGCCUUAGGGUUAACCCUUUCAUAAUGAUGUUUGUAUGGUGCUUUGCAAUUCUUGACCAUCCCAUGGGGCAAAUAGCACAAUGCCCAUUUAACAGAUGGGAAAACUGAGACUUGAGGUUCACAUGGCAAGAUAGAGGUAAAGAGAAUUCUCAGAUCUCUAGGCCUCAUUCUCUCUCCACAUUCAUGCUCCUGUCAUGGGAAUGUAUGGCUCAGAAAAAUCCUUUAAUCCCCUAAAAACCCCCAGACCUACAAUGAAACAAACAAACAAAACGAAAUGAAACAAACCAGGGACUCAGAGGCUGAGGCCGGAUAGAGGGGCCGAGGAGUUGGUGGCUUUGCUGGUCCAACUUUAUUCCCAAGAGCACUGAAAAUGCAAAGUUUUUGCCAGAUUCAUGCCAAGUCUAGUGAGGUUUCAUCCACACUCCUUCCUUGCUGCGCCUGAGACUCAGAGGGAACUGGAGCUUGUCCAAGGCCACACGGCAAGCCCUGACAGGCCCUGGAUGUGGACCCAGCUCUGACUCCCAGGGGCCAGGGCUCCAGUAUCAGGAGAUGUCCCCACCCUCCUCUUUUCUUUGUCCUUCCUGCUGUGGAACAGACUUCAGAUCUGGCUGUGACAAUAUGCAGGAAUCCCCAGAUUCAGGCCAUCGGGGCUGCCCAGAGCCCUGGGAAGCACAGAUCACCACUUCAAGGGCCCUCGACCUGCUGCUUCCCAGACCAGCCAGGUGGGGUGACCUUGCCAUGCUGCAGGGCUCAAGCAGCAUGGGUGGUGGGGGCUUGCCCUACCCAAUGGCAUUCAAGCUGGACAACUUUUAUGAGACUGAUGCACUACCUACUGUGCUAACUAGGCACCUCAAGUAGGACAACUUUUAAAAUGCUCUGUCACCCUCAAACAAAACCAGAAAAGUCUGUGGGUGAAACUGGACCCACUGGACACCAGCUUAUGGCCCCCCGUCUUUGUCCAACCCUCCCUUUCUUGUUCACAUCCUCGUCCUUCAUUGCAGAUCUGGGGGACAUGGGAGCCCGGAGAGAUAAGACAUGAGAUUCCUGUGGUCCAGCAAGUCAGUGUCAGGAACAGGCAUCCCCAGUUCUUACCUGUUCCCUCCCUCAUCCUGGGCUCUUAGGGGCUCUUUGGGCUUUGAAGGUGGGAGGGGUGGAGCAUCAGAGGUGGGAGGGAUGGGGGACUAUUGGCUUUGAGGGGAGCUGAGUGCUGCCAGGGUCUUUCACAUGUCCAGGGAACAGCCCCAGAUGUGGCCACGAGGCACUGAGGGGUGACAUCGCUUUAUGAGAAGUCAUAUCCCAAAGCUCCCGCUCUGCCUUUGACAGCCUCUGGCUCCAGCCACCCUCUUUUGGAUGACAUUUCAGUUAGACCUGAGCUCCAAGCCAUGGAGAGCAAAUAUUAAAAUUAAACCAAGCACUCCUGAUAAAUACUUGGAAACAGGUUAUGUCUGAGACACAACUGCUCUGAGAGUAGAGAAAAAUCCAGGCCCCUUGUAGGCCAGGCUAGAGUGGCUGGAUCCACAACCCUGGGGCUAGAGCAGCUCCCCAGGGGCCCUGAUAAGAGGUAGCUUAGCUUCAUCACCGAUACAGGAGCCACCUUUGAUGGUUUCCAGGCACGCACACCAGUGCUCCUGGAGAGCUCAUUCCUUUGGUUCUUUUGGCCUCAGAGAGCGCCAAGGCAAGCGUAUUUCUUAAAAGCUAACAAAAUACAUUCCUACAAGUUGGACAGUCAGGCCACGACUCCCAGCCUGCAUUCUGCGCCCCCUCCCAGCAGCCCCUACAGCCCCUUGUCCCCCGUUGCCCCUGUACCUCAGGAUUCCCUCCUGCAUAUUCAUGGUGGAGCCACAGUGUUGAUCCAUACUUCCCACUGUCAGCACGGCUGCGUCUCCAGAGUGGUGGCCUGGUCCCAGGGGGCCGCUGCAGAGGACUGGGAGCGAGUCCCCUGCCCGCCUGCUCUCCUGACGAGGGGGCUGCUGCUUCUCUGACAUGGGCUGCUCGCCGGGAGCAGGCUGGCGCCAGGCUCUCUUUCAUUUGCUGUAAUUUCUCAACACCAGGGUUCCAUUCCUGGAUCAAAGGGGAUAUUGGGGUCAUGUUCCUGCCAUUCUAGAGUUUGAAUCCAUAUGUUCCCAGGGGUCCUGUUUGGCUCAUCUCCAAGUUAAGGGUUAACAUAUAACUACCAUUCUCUAAAUCUCUUCUGCUCCCCGCAUCUCAGACCCCUGAGGCACACAAGGGGAAAAUGCAGCAGUUUAUCUAUUUAUUGAAGGGAUCUUGAUGGCUUCAGGUGGUAUAUUUAACCUCUGGGCAGGAGGGAGAGGGCAGGAAUCCUGCCCUAUAGUUUUGGCCAGCUCUGAGCAUGGCAGGGAGGGAAGUGUGUGGAAGAGCUGGGGAAGGGACACCUGGGCAGUUACGUGCCCUACUCCCUGACUCCAAGGCCCGGCUGGAGGAGGCUGGGCUGCAGCCUCACCCACCCUAACCUGGGCUCACACACUCCUGUGGCCGAAGGGCCACCCUUAUCCCCCUAAUCGGCACACUCAUAACCACAUCCCCCAUCUUCUCCAAAAGCACCAUUAGGAACGAGUGAUUUUGGAUGAUGGAUUUUUGAUUUACAAACGGUGCAUUUCCCUUGGAGUGGAACAGAAAGGAAACCAUUUAAUGGCUCCCUUAUUUUCAAGCAUGAAUACAUUUUAAUGAAACCAUUUUAUUGUAUUUGAGGAAAUGGAGAGUUGAACAUUCCCACCAAUCAAUAGCCAAUUAAUUGCUAUAAAGCUAAAAAGAAAAUAAAUAAGUCCUGAGUCUAUUCUAAACACCCUCCAAAGCUCAGAGCCUCCAAAUCUGGCCUUCCCCUCCACACGUGCCCACGUGAGGGUACACACACACACACACACACACACACACACACGAGCGCGUGCAUGCAUGCGCACCCCGACACCUCAGACAUACUUGAAACUCAGAGAAAGCACUGAGUCUCCUCAUGCCAAUUCUUGCCUGCUCUUCUCGCCUUUGGUCAGAGGAGGUGAGCAGACCUGGCAGCAGCCCAUCCUGGGGUUCGGGAAGAGGCAGGCCCAGGCCCUGGCCCCCAGCCGCCAGCACAGCAUGGAGGAGCAAGCAGUGAGGCCCCCCUUCUCGGCCCCAACUGCUGGGCCUCCAAGUUUGGGCCAAGGGUGGAAAUCUGACUCGGGUUUUGCCCUGACUCGCUGGAAGAUGCUGCCCUGGUCUUUCACCCUCUAGUGGCCUUUGGACAUUGAGUAUUUGUAGAAAUGCAGAUUACAUUGCAAAUGGAACUCUUUGCCAGGAAGACAUAUGGAUUUUGCUUUUCAUUCUUUGAGACAGUUGACGUUGUCUUAGGGACUGACCUUCCAGCAUCAAAGAAAUACAUAUCUACUGUAUCCGCCAAAGUUUGUGAUGCCUGCAUAGACGCUUACUUGUUAAAAAAAAGAAAAAGUACAAAAAAAGUACAAAAAAAAAACCCCCCCCCAAAAAAAACACCACAAUUGAAUUGCCUUUGAAAGUGGGAGAUGAUCUGUCUCCAACAGAUUGAAAAAAAAAAA